UGGAACACAGACGGGUCGGGUAGCUGCUUUCUUCUCAGAGUUUCAGCCGAGAGGGAAUAAGGGAAUAUGUAGUUUUUAUAGAUAGUUAUUCUGGCUAUAGAUUAAGUAAAUUUGAUUUAAAAGGCUUUAGUUUACUCGCUCGCAGUUGCAGGUGCUGUUGGCCACAGCAAAGUCAUCAUUUUCGCAAAUGUUCUUUCUCCGGCGACCAGGAACACUAACUUUGCGCUUAGCACGUUAGCAGCAUCCACACGACAACAAGAGACACCUGAGAGGAAAACUCAGCACUUUUGUCUCUGCUUUGCAGCGAGUGUCGUGUUCGCCUUCGUUGCUUUGGACUGACACACAUUCCUCAGCACACCGUGUAGCUACGGAAAUAAUUAUGUAGGCAGUCCGUUCAGUUAGCCGCUGUACGUGCCUGCUGCUGUGCGGAUUUAGCUCUCUACCUGCACCAGCGAGGACUUGGAUUUGACAUGCCCUCGGUGUGAAGAGGAAACAUGGGGGGCUGUGUUGGGACGGUUCGAGGCGCUGGAGCUUCUUCUGCUGGUUCAUCCAGAAAUGCCUCCAGAUACAGCAAAAAGCGAGGAGGGCGCAAUGAACCCCUUAAGAAAGACAAGCCUAAGUGGAAAAGUGACUACCCGAUGACAGAAGGACAGCUGCGCAGCAAGCGAGAUGAGUUCUGGGAUACAGCACCAGCUUUUGAUGGCCGCAAAGAGAUUUGGGAUGCCUUGAAAGCCGCUGCUGUGGCGAUUGAGUGUAAUGACCAUGAGCUUGCACAGGCCAUAGUUGAUGGUGCCAGCAUCACACUACCACAUGGCUCUUUAAUGGAGUGCUAUGAUGAGCUGGGGAACCGGUACCAGCUUCCUGCUUACUGCCUGGCUCCUCCAGUCAAUCUGAUCACAGAGCGCAGUGACAGUGACAUGUCUGACCACGCUGAGCUGCAGGAGAAGAAAGAGAAGGAGGAGUUCCAGCUGAAGGUACGCCUCUCCACAGGAAAAGACUUGCGGCUGAGCGCUAGCAUGGCGGACUCCAUCUGCCAGCUCAAGAAGCAGCUGCAGGUGCAAGAGGACAUUGAUGCUGCCAACCAGCGUUGGUUCUUCUCUGGAAAGCUUCUUACAGACAAAACUCGUCUGCAGGACACCAAGAUUCAGAAGGAUUUUGUAAUCCAGGUUAUUGUCAAACAACCUGUCAUUACUAGCUGAGCAAAAGGGUAAAAAAACAAGUUCAUGGGACAUAAGGAACUCACCAGGUUGUGAGAGAGCCUUUAUAAGUGUUGCAACUCACUGAACAGACAUUAUAAAUGCCUUGCUCUCUUAACUAAUUGAAAUGUCCGCUGCUUGUCUUGUGGAUAUUGGAGUCUUUGGUCCUCUGUGCUUUUUGCAUUGACAAUCACACACAAAGCUGCUGCCCAGCAUUGACUGGGAAUAGAAGAUAGUAGGUUUACAUUUGGAGAAUUUUCAGGCAUUAAUUGAAAAAAUGUGUAUGCAGUCAUUGUUCAGUCAGGUUUGUUUUCCUUGAAGGCAUCAUUUCAGCUGUAUUUCCUUGGGAUGGGUGAUAUGGAUUAUAUCGGUAGGAACAUGGUAUUCUCAUUCAAAUUAAGGUCUUGCAUCGUCGUUCAUGAUUUACGCACAUUCAAUGGUCAGCUUUUUCACUCGUCAGUGAAUUUUAUGCGUUUUUUUAUAUAUUUAUUCCUACUUUUUAAACUUGUCUUCUAAAUUCAAAAGCUGUAUGUAGCCUGUCAUAUUACGUACAUAUUUCCUCUUACUUUUGUUGUUAUUGUAUUGUUGCUUUGAUAUUACACCUUUCAGCUUUCAGUAUUCUGUCACUUUGCUACUGUAUUUAAAGACAAGAAGAUAAACAUGUAAGUUCAUUUUAGAAAUACUUUGUAGCACGCUGGUAGGUAGCAGUUGUUAGGUUGCAUUAAGGGUUUGAACACUGUUCACACUCAGAUGUUUCAUCUAUAAACACAGAAAGCAGACGAUCUGUUGUGAACUUGUGACUCCAUACAGCCUCAGAUCACAAAACCACAUCCUCAGGAUCAUCAGGAUCAGCCUGUGCUGUGAUCAAAUACUACAAUACUGUGAUAAGAGCUCAAAGCUGCCCUCAGUCUGAAUGAGUGAUAUCGGUUUUAUUACAGAAUGUUCUGAUCUGAUGGAAGAUGAUGUUUUAGUGGUGUGGAUACAAUUGAAAGCCAUUUCUGUCUAACAAAACAAAUAGGGUAUUUUUGUACUUUUAUAAUGCAACAAAACUGUUAUAGUUUGCUAGUUUGCAGGAACCUGAGAGGAACUGUUUUAUUUUCUCAAUGUAUCUUUCUAUAGGAAUCAGAAUGUAGUUGCUGAUGAAUGUGGGUUGUAGCUUUAAAAUGCUUUCUUGAUCUACUGUAUAUUUUCCUGAUUUACUGUAUAACAGUGUGUUCUUAUUGACAGAAUGCAUUCACGUGCUGCACAUACAAUUAUAUUUCUGGAAAACAAAAUUGUCCGGUUUUCUGAGUAUGUAGGCAGCAUUUACAUUUAGCAUUUUCCCUUUUCACUUGUCAGUGGCGCAUUACUGCCUUUUCGCUAAUCUCAUGACUAACAACUCUGUAAUCUGGAUCAGCUGCAUCAUUUGUAGAGGGGCAUUUUAUUUAUGAACUAGUGGUUUAGAGAAGGAAAUAUCAUUUGAACCACUAUUUAAACCACUGUUUUUUCUUUUGUGUGUUUAUUUGCCUGAGUAAUGGCUCUACUGUCCUGCUGCAAUGUGCUAGUGGCAAAGGGGAGAUCAAAUUGCAGCAGAAGCAUCUACACUGCACUUCUCUUUCAUCAACUUCUCAUCCCAUUCACUCUCCAUCCAGGGAAUCCCCUUCAACAGAGCACCUGUUUGGAGCUUUAUUUAUUUAAGUGAAGCUGACAGCAUUCUGUCUCAGUGUUACUCCUUUUACUGGAGAUUUUAUGGCCACUCUCUAUCAUUGAUCUCCCCUGUUCUUUUCAUUCAAGUCUUUCUGUCCAUCUGUCAGUUAUGUUAAUAAAAUGUUAUAUUAGGCCUCAAAAGUAAUCAGACUUCUGAAGAGACAUUGGGGUGGUGUCUCAUUCAGAUUGAAGAACGUUCUCUCCCUUUCCUGGGAUUUAUGUGAUGUAAUGAUUAUGUAAUGAAGAAGUCGUAUCAAGCCUCUUGCUUACAUGAGUGAAUGUGGGGAGAAUCAUCUAUGUGACGUUUCUACCACAACUGUGUGGACAGAGAAGGCCUUCAGUUCAUUGUGGAGUACAUCCAAACACUGAUCAAUAAUAGUGUGAUGUAUAGUCUGAGGAAGAGGCUGUUUUUUUAAAUAAUAAAUCAAAUGUAAGUAAAGAUCAUUUUUAAAUACUGCUGCAGUUUGUUUUAUGACAUGGAAUAGUAAUAUGGUUUUUAAUACAAAAGACACCUUUUCUUUUCUGAUACAGAUAUUGAAGCCUUGAGUAUCAGCCAAUACUGAGCAAAUAUUCUUUCUUUGCAAACAAGCUUUAAAAAAAAGCCAUUAAUUAUUUUAAGGUGAAUAUCUAAAAGUAGGCUAUCAUGCUCAAACUAUGCAAACAUCUGUACUACCCCAACGGAAAACAUACAGAGCUAAUAUCACGUCAAACAGUGUAACUGUGUGUUAUUUCAGUAUAGAUUUGUUACAGGAUUGGAUCAGAUUGUUUCUUUUUUCACCUCUGAUACCAGAGCCAGCUUUUUCUGCUGAUGUCAGCC